AUGAAUAAUGAAGAGUUCAAUGGAUCUACAGAUGUGACAGAUUGUGGUCUGCUAUCGGUUGAUGAUAGCAACCAUUUGAACGACAAUGGCAUCAAUCACUUGAUCCACGAGUUCUCUGACAUAUCGAUUGGUGACCUCAGCCUUAAUGGCCUUAAUGGACACAAUGGACACAAUGGCACGAAUGGCACGAAUGGCAAUGGAUAUGAAGAAAGAGGUGAUAAACGCUCGUCUAAUGGAUCUAAUGGGCCGACAAUCCACGCGGCAUGUGAUGCACCACUUUGUACGACAUGUCAAGAACUGGAGUCUCCCUUCUUCAACACCCAUUGCAUCGGAUGCCGAGAAUUGGUCUCAAAUAUGGAGACCAGUGUCGGCCAACUCUUUGCAAUCAUCCGUCAAUGGGUUCCGCAGACACAGCAGUCGAUCGAUGUGUUGGUGCGCGAAGUGUUGCUGUUUCAUGAAUUUAUUUCGACACUUGUCUCCCGAUUAUGUCUUAUCCGUGAUGUGACAGAUUGUGGUCUGCUAUCGGUUGAUGACAGCAACCAUUUGAACGACAAUGGCAUCAAUCACUUGAUCCACGAGUUCUCUGACAUAUCGAUUGGUGACCUCAGCCUUAAUGGACACAAUGGACACAAUGGCACGAAUGGCAAUGGAUAUGAAGAAAGAGGUGAUAAACGCGAGUCUAAUGGAUCUAAUGGGCCGACAAUCCACGCGGCAUGUGAUGCACCACUUUGUACGACAUGUCAAGAACUGGAGUCUCCCUUCUUCAACACUCAUUGCAUCGGAUGCCGAGAAUUGGUCUCAAAUAUGGAGACCAGUGUCGGCCAACUCUUUGCAAUCAUCCGUCAAUGGGUUCCGCAGACACAGCAGUCGAUCGAUGUGUUGGUGCGCGAAGUGUUGCUCAGAGGGGCUCACGCGGACGAUAGGGACGAGUUGACUGAUAUGACUCUUUUGCAUUAUGUCUGCAAAUCUGGUGCCAAAGGCGUCGGAAAUGUGGAAAUGGCUCUCAAGACGGCCCAGUAUUUGGUCGAGUCGUUCAACGCGGACGUGUCGUUGAGGUGUCGGUGGACUGAUAUGUCUGCCAUUCACUACUCCGUGUACUUCGACGUCGCGCCAGUCUUGCAGUACUUAUUAGACAAAACGGAAAAUGUCUUAAUUGACGAUCAGUGCCGAGACUUCGAUGGCGGGACACCACUACAUAUCGCCGCCUCAAACAUGUGUCUGGAAUCUGCGAAAGUACUGCUCAACUGCGGCGCCAAUAUUCUGCUCAAAGACGACUUGAACCGAACGCCUCUGUUCUGUGUUCCCGAACCUACCGUUCCAUCGGAUCUGAUGCCAACCGAAACGACAUUUGAAAUCUGUUCGCAACUCAAGAAACUGUUAGAAGAAGCGACUCUGGCCUGCAUUCCGGGCGAAGGCAUUGAAAACAGUGAUAACCAGACGGGAAGAGUAAUUCUGUUGGCAUUGGGACUCAGUUUAGGUGAUCGCGUGAUCAUAAGUAACCAAAAAGUGGGAACUUUGAAGUAUUGCGGCGCCGCUCAGUUCGCUUCGGGCAUUUGGGCGGGCGUUGAACUCCUGGAGCCCGAAGGCAAAAAUGAUGGCACUGUUGGUGGUGUCACAUACUUUCGCUGUUCUCCAAAACACGGAAUAUUCGCUCCGAUCAACAAAAUCAAUAAAUUUGAUGAGAAUUACGGAAAGUAUUAUAAAGGCAUGAAUUCAAUGAUAAUGCGAAACGUAAACCAUCCACGGGUUGACGUCUCGCACGUGACCCCCAAAGUGGAAACGGGUCUCUCGUCCCUGAAAUCUAAAAGUAUUAAUUCGAUGGACAUAUCGGUAGGGAAACGGGUGUUACUUAACGAUAAAAGGGUUGGAAUCGUUAGGUUUAUCGGCGAAACACAAUUUGCUUCUGGCACAUUUAUUGGGAUUGAAUUAAUGAAGCAAUUGGGCAAAAAUGAUGGUUCCGUUAAUGGAAUCCGAUAUUUUGAUUGCAAACAAAAUUACGGCAUUUUUACGACAAACUCGAGAGUAUUGAGAGUAUUGACGGAUAGAAAACAAACUGACGAUUCAGACGACAAUUCCUCUGAAUUAAGUCUAACUAUUAGUCAGAGUUCAAUGGAUAACGAUGUGUUUAAAAGUGCUAAUAAUGGCCGAACAUCGCAUGCGAGGACCAAAACGGCGUCCACUAAACAAACCCAGAGCUCCACUCCAAACAGCAGUUCCCCGCCAAACACGUGGCUUACAGUUGGCGUCAAUGUGUUCAUCAACAACAGCAUUGGUGUCGUCCGAUAUAUAGGACCCGUAGAAUUCGCCGGACCUGGCAUUUGGUUAGGGGUUGAGUUGAGGACAGCCACCGGCAAGAAUGACGGCUCCAUUAACGGCGUCCGCUAUUUUCAGUGCAAACCGAACCACGGAUUGCUGGUUCGGCCCAAAAAGGUGUCGGUGCGCGGCAUCAAUGGCGCCAAAUUGCUUCCGCAAUAAAGUACUAAAACUAUAGUUCACUUAAUCGGAGCUUUGCUUACAGUUAAGAGUCCUGUGAUAGAGAUUUCAUUUCAAUGCAACAAUUCCUCAC